AUGUCGUGGGAACGCGCGGUGUCGUGCUGCGCCGCGCCGCGCCCUGCACUCGCGUCCUCCGCUGCAAUUACCGCGGGUCGCGAGUUUAUCGCGACAAACGGUGCCGCGCGAUUUCGUAAGCACGCCAACGCAGUACGUGACUCAGCUCGUUUGAUCCUCGACUCUCCACAGCCAGAAUCCGAGGAUGCCCUCUCCCUAGCCAGGGCACUCCGCACCCGACCUCCUGUCAACAUGCUCCCCGCUGCCAAAGCCGGCACAUUCUUCGCCAGAGACAACCUCUCCAACUUCAUCGACUGGUGUCGCAAAGCCCUCGGCAUCCUCGAAUGCCUUCUCUUCGAAACUGAUGAUCUUUGCCUCAGAAAGAACGAAAAGCACGUCGUGUUAUGCCUUCUAGAAGUUGCAAGAAAAGGGGCAGUGCUUGGCAUGCCAGCUCCUUUGUUAGUGCAGAUGGAGAGGCAGAUUGAAAGGGAGUUGGCAGGAGAAGAGUUGCGGCCUGAUGACUCGGCCCUAGGACUGGUACCUUCAGGGCCUCAGCCGCAACUAGUGACUAAUGAUUUGAGGAGUUUGGAUGAGAGGGUGAGGGACCUCGUGGAGAGGUGCUCCUGUCCCACUCAGUUCCCGAUGGUGAGGGUGUCAGAGGGAAAAUACAGGAUUGGUGACACAAGGCUGUUGAUCUUCGUCAGGAUCCUCCGCUCCCACGUGAUGGUUCGCGUCGGUGGUGGCUGGGACACCCUCGCCCACUACCUGGACAAGCACGACCCUUGCAGGUGCCGUGCCCAGCACCGCACCUCCCUAUCAGCUCGCCUCGCCCGCCCCAAGCAUGACCUGGCCGGCGCCACCGUCACCUACGAGAGACCAGACCCUGGCCCAACCUCCCUGCCUUACACCAAAACUGACCCAAAGAGUUACGAGCCAAUGUCUCUCCAAUACAACCCGAAAAUCUACAACGAGGAACCGAAGUCUGGACACUAUUUAUCCAACCACAGGCUGAACAGUGAUGCUCCAACCAGUCUGCCGUAUUUGGGAGAAUUGGACAGAGCUGCUUCUCCAAGUAGGAGGCAUUUGGCUCCAAGGGCAAUCAGCCCUACUAGGAAGUCUUCAUCUCCGGAUAGAAGGACUAAGAUUGUGACAUCAAACCACCUAGUCCCUACACCUCAUGGCAUCAGGAAUAAGAGUCCCAGGCCAGUGUCUCCAGCUCCUGCAGCUGAGAGUGCUUCUGAUAAUGGUUCUGAGGUGUCUGAUGAAGGGUACAGGAGUCUGGGUGUGGUGGCCGGUUCUACGCAGGGAUCCCCUUCCACGAAGACCACGAACAGAUAUUCGUUGCACAGCCAGAACUCGAUUGAAGACGCAGAAUUUAAUGAGCGUCUCGACCAAGACGAUGGCUGUCACAUGGAUAAGAACGAACGAGUGGACGACCAUGUGAGCCUCAACACUGGUCUUCGUAAGACUGACUUCUCAGACACCUUCUACGGAGGCAGGAAGCCCAGCUCCAUAGAAGAAAAGUCGAAUAGAAGCAGUCCCGACCGCGCAGUCGUCACUGAAAACAACGAUUCUCCCAGCAAGAGCCUCCGGGUCACUCGGGAAGCUUCUCAGUCACCCACAAAGACGAUUAGAAGCCGACAGGCCAGUCGGAUACCACACUCUCCCGUUAGGAACCGAACUCCCAGCCGAGGAAAUACACCCAGCCCCAAACAUACCGCAAACCCAGUUCAGACAUCCCCUAAGCUGACACCAAAAUUGCCGCCAACUGCCAGAAAUACUUGGAGCGGACGCACAGCACCCGUACAGGCUAAAGUAAAGUCCAGGCCAACAAUAGGGGCCGACACUUUUGAUAAUCCGAAUAAAUCUCCGAAAAUGAGAGCCAAAGCUCCUCAAACUGAGGCUUUCAAGAGGAACUCUCCUCUCAGAGCCAGCAGCGCUACUCUUAGGUCCCCACCGAAUCAAAAACCAUUGAGUCCUUUAUUAGAACAGAUCUUAAGGUCGACAGAGAGCGCGAAGGAUGACGCAACAGUUCUAGAAAAAAUGAAGGAAAUUAUUAGGACAUAUUCAAAGGGAGACGACUCCCUUUCUAGGACUAGUUCCAAGGACUCGGACUAUGCGGACUUUACAUCAGCCUGGGUAAUGUCUGAUGGCAAAUUAGAAAGGUCGACUAGCACUAGGCAGUUGGCUGCUCCUAGGAAAGACCAAAGGAAUGGAGCGUCCAGGAUACCGGCGCCAGUCUCCAUUGGCUGCAGAAGGUCUACAUCCACGUCACAAUUCCAAUGA